AUGAACAAUGCUUAUCCCAAUGCACAACCAGCCACCACACCGUGGCCUUUCAUAACUCCCAGUUAUACCAAUACAGUAUUACCACCGUCAUUGAAUCUUUAUCAGGAUGAAGAUUAUUAUAGUGAUGAGGAGGAGGAUAGCAUGAGUGAUGAAGACGAUGAAACAGCUUUCAACCAACUUUAUGCCCGUAAUCAAACCUUCUCCACAGUAGCUCCUGAAAUCACGCAUGAGCGAUUAGAAUGGCAACAAAUGCUUCAGUCCGUUCUACUAGGUGAAAUCCUGAAAUCAGAAAAGAAAAGGUUGUCGACGUCUGAUAAAUUUACUCAAGAGAAACCCAUUCAAGAAAUCUGGCUAUCAUUGCGUGCUUUAUUACGCGGUCGAACAAUUAUACAGGAACAGAAAUCACUAGAAGACAGUCGAAAAGAAAUAGGCAGCGUUUUGAGAAUGGUCAUGGAAUUCAGAGUUGAAGAAAAUGAUGAGCAGAAUGCACUGCGAAAAGUAGCCGAAGUUUUAAAAAAUGUGGAUCGAAUAGAAUCACUCUAUACUACUCGUGCAGAAAUGAUACAAGCUCACCCACAAUACGGUUCAAUAGAGUUUCAAACGAGAUUAGAUGCACUCAAUUCUUGGUGCACCAUUACUCGUAGUCUAAGUAUGCAAUAUAAAAUAUUGCGAAAUUGGACAGGCUCAGAAGAUUUACAAAUUGCAAGAAAAAAGCCAGAAGAACCAUCCACGACAGAAACAAAUAACAGCAGUAAGGAGGAUGCGCGAAACAACGAUACUUCCUUUGUGGAAAGAUUAUUAAAAGAAUCAGCGCUUCAAGAUACCUUUGAUAAACGAACACUAUCAGCCUUGAAUUCUCUUCUCGUUAAAUCAAAAGAGACAAUGAUACUUAAUUCGGCACAGUUCCAAGAAAUGAAUUUACCAUCGUUUAUUACUCAGUUACGACAAUUAGCUUACUUCCCUAUCUCACUAGUUGAAGAAGCAUUGAAACUUCGUUUGGAAUAUAAAAGUCGAAUGCAAGAACCGCCAAAACAAAUGGUAGAUGCUAUGAUGGAAGACUAUCGAGGAUUACUCUCUUUAGCGUGUCGAGUGAAAAGAGAGUACGAAGAAUUGACUCAUUCGGCACCUGGUUUUGUACUAGAGGAAGAUGAGCCUAUAGACAGAAACUAUGACGCAGUAUUAAUGGAAUCGGUUCGUUUCUAUUUUAAACUGAUCACUUGGAAACUAAACCUUGAAAAAGAAAAUAACUUACGAGAAAAAGAGGUGAUGGAGAAAGAGUGGGCAUUUUUACAAGAAACCAUUUGUCAAACUGUAGAUAAAGCAGAUUGGGAAUGUGCCGAACAGUUUUGUUCAUUAACCAAUAGAUUGCUACAAGAUGUUAUGCAUGACUAUAUUUCAAAAUUAAAGAUACCUCCAGAGUCAGUUGAAGAUAACGGUAUUGAAGUCAAAUAUACCAAAUUAUUACACACAAUGCGAAUGCGCGCAAGAAAGUUACUUCAAUUUGCCAGAUUCUUCAUGGGACAGUUUGAAAAUGCAGCAGAAUAUGUCGUAGAUUCAGACAAUAUGGACAAGUUCGUGACAUGUUUAGUUGAAACAGGGCAUUUCUUAGUUUACACAGGAUCCUUCGAGGAGGAGCGAAUUUAUAUUAUUGCAUCACCAUCACUGUACGGGAAAGACGAUGUCAUUAGAACUCUGAUCAAAUCAUGCUUUGCAAAAAAUAGAACAUUACAAGUACCCACUCCAUUCGUGCCAGAUGAUCCGAACACUAUACACCAUGAGGCAGAAUUCGAUGACUAUAUCUUGAUAUUCUCGCCUUGGCAAAAUAUUAUGUGGACAGGUGAAGUUGUCGAGGUUUCUACCCCUUUCAUUCACCUUGGUAUUAAAACGCGACUUGUGCGGUUGACGACCGGUGAUGCACAGAGGUUAGCUCCUGCUAAGGCAGCGUUUUGGUCAGCUGUCCAGCAUUCAGGCAUAGAGAUUAUACAAGAGCACCGUGCUCAUAUUCCAAAAAUCGACAAAGAAUUGCACAAAAUCAAGAUGACAGUCUUUAAAUUAGCUGAUUCUACCAUCUCUAGUGUUAGCACUAUCCGUGAUAAAACCCUUCGUUUAGGUUGUCAAGAGCUUGUCGAAGAGUGCUUUAGUUUUGCAAGUGAUUUUGGCGUACGCGCGUCUAAAUUUUUAAAACUGGCAGUACGACUUCAACUGGAUCUUAAGCUCGUACGAUUGGCGAUUGAUUGGAUUUCGUUCAUUACGGACGAUUGUAUUCCUUCGGAUCGAAAGACGUUCCGAUGGGCUGUCGCUGCCCUUGAAUUCGUUCAUCUCAUGACACGCGGUGUCAAUAUAUUGGCGUUAAGCGAAACCGAAUUCGCUACAUUACAAAGUAAAGUGGCACGUUGUGUAGCAUUAUUGAUCUCACAUUUUGAUAUUCUUGGUACAAGAUACACAUACGAACUUCAAUUGAAAGAGGACCAACAACGUCUGCGUGGCGUUACAGCAAAGAGAAAUUCUUACAUGACAUCAAAGAAUGCCGAUAAGGAUAAUAUUACUACCAGCUCAACCUUUGGUGCAUCCAAUGAUGCAGCGGCAACAGGUGGAGGUGGUGUAAUGUAUAUACGAGAUGCGUGGAUGCGCAAAAUCAAUGAAAUUGAAAACAGACGUACAGAAGACGAACAGGAACGAAAGAUUAUCGGUAAAAUACUUGACGAUCAGAAACCAGAAGACCAAUCGCUUGUCUUCUUGGCUCCAUCUUCCUCCAAUAUAUCUUUCAGCUGGCAACAAGGUCGCUUUAUCGGUGCUGGUACGUUUGGUUCAGUAUAUUUGGCGAUUAAUCUUGAUACAUCCACUGUGAUGGCAGUCAAGGAAAUUAGAUUCCCAGAUUCUAGUUCGUUAUCUGCAUUACACAAAUCUAUUAAAGAGGAAAUGAAAGUUAUGGAAAUGCUUCAUCAUAGAAAUAUUGUUCAGUAUUAUGGAAUGGAAGUGCAUCGUGAUCGGGUAUACAUUUUCAUGGAGUAUUGUGAAAAUGGCAGUUUGGGUGCGCUCCUAGAUCAUGGUGGUCGCAUUGAAGAUGAAUUGUAUAUUGUUGACUAUGCUUAUCAACUGCUUAGCGGUCUAGCGUAUCUACAUGAAAAUAAUGUUGUUCAUCGUGAUAUUAAACCUGACAAUAUCUUGAUCGAUUACCAGGGUCAAUUGAAAUUAACUGAUUUUGGUGCUUCAAAGAUCUUAGUUAAGGGUCAGAAGACUAUGGGACGUACAACCAUGAAUAUGCAUGUUGGUAGCUUGGCUGGCACUCCGAUGUAUAUGGCACCUGAAGUUAUUACAGGCAGUGACACAGGUCGUAAAGGUUCAAUGGAUAUCUGGUCUCUCGGUUGUUGCAUUGUGCAAAUGGCAACUGGCCGUCGUCCUUGGAGCACUUUGGAGAAUGAGUGGUCCGUUAUGUACCAUGUCGUGACAGGGCAUCCUCCACUGCCCGACGCGUCUCAGUUAUCUGCACAGGGUAUCGACUUCUUAAAGAAAUGCUUCAUUCGCGAUCCUAAUAAGCGUCCUUCUGCAGAAGAACUGCUCAAUCAUCCUUGGAUUACUAACUAUUUAGAAAGUUAUAGUGAGGAGGCACACUAUACAGCAACCGCUGAAGAAGGUCAAGCGGAUGGUAUGCUUGCAGAAAACUCCCAAUGGAUGAAUUCAGUACAAACACGUUCUAUAAAUGGCGACGAAAUGCCACCGAUCCCAAGAUCAAUAGGUUCUGUUCAUUCUAUGGAACGGCCCAUUGUACGAAGUUUUCCCAACAGCUUAGCCAUUGAUGGCCUAGUUAGAACAAGUUUAGAAAAUGGAGCGCAGGCGCAAGCUUACUUCAAGAAUAUUGCUGCGCAACACGCGAAAGAUGCACAAUGGGAUCCUACAGCAUCUAUGAGCAAUAUUGAAUCAUAG